CUUUUAGCGUUGGUCACACUACCAAGAACAGCAGUAAAAUUGCAAAUAAAUAUGUAAUUAUUUGGCGAUAGAAAAAUGGAGGAGUCACCUUACCUGCACAGCCCCUACCAGGUGGCCAUUAUAGCCACCGACCUGCACCACGAGGAUACCAUAAUCCAAGCAGCCCAGUCCCUGGACUGUCUACACAAAACCAUAAACUCGAUUUUCGAGCGAAUCGAUGCCCGCCUGGCGAGAAAUGGUUCAAAGGUUGAGGACAUAAACAAUCGUGUGAAGCGCGCCCAGGUGAAAAUCGAUGCGCUCGUUGGCUCCAAGCGGGCCAUCCAAAUUUUUGCACCCGCCCGCUUUCCGGCCAGCGACGUCCUGGCACCGCUGCCAGCCACCUUUCCACAGGUGGCAGCCAAUCCCCUGAUGGAGCAGCCGGUGGAUCAGCAGCCGCAGGGACCGUACAGCAGCCACAGUGCUGCGGAACAGAAGCCAGAUGAUGCGGACAUCUUUUUCCAUGUACGUGGCGAUCGGGAGCAGGAAUCGCCACUGGUCGCCGAACGGAAGAUAACCAAUCGGACCGCUGGCCUGGGCAGCCUGCCUGCGGGUGGAGUGCGCUCCGUACCCUCGCUCAUGCGAUUCAACACCAAUGAGUUCGCCUACGGCGAGGAUCUGAAUGCCUGGAAGCGAUCCCUACCGCCGCAAAGUGCUAGACGCGUUGCCAGUCAGUCCUCCCAACUCACGGUCGAUAAGCAGUUGGCUCCGGCACCUCAUUCGCUGGCCCACGGCACCACCAAACUGGCCACUCCAGCUGGGGACCUGCGCUAUAAUCCUGCUGCCUUGGCUGCACCCGCCAUUGAUGUUCCGCUGGACCUGCCCGACCUACCGGGCAUAGCGAAUGAUCUGCAGUAUGAGCCAGUGGAGGAGCAAACACCAAUAGCGCCUUCCCAGCAGUUCGGUGAUUUACCCGAGCUUCCGGAUUUGGGGCUCGAGGAGCAGGAUAUAACAGUGCAAGCCAUCGCGGCACAGACGCACAUUCCGGGACCGUUGCGUAGGAAGAGUGUGGGUCAAUGUCCAUCGCCAGUUACGGCGGCAUCACCGCCUCCUCCUCCGCCACCGCCGCCUCCACCUCCUCCGCCAGCGCAGACGAGCACAAUUCCAUCACCACCACCCUUUCCCACCAAAGGCGCUGUGAAACCGCUCUCCCCGUCGUUAGCAACACCUCUUAAUAUGCCGCAGCCGCCUCCAGCUACUGAAGAUCCGCGAUCUGAGCUUAUGGCCGCCAUAAGGAACGCCGGUGGAGUGCAUGGCGGUCGUCUGCGGUCGCCUGCGGCUGCUCCGCUCGACGUGGUGGACAACAGUCGCUCCAAGGCGGGAGGCGCUGCCACGGGGGAUCUAAUGGCGGACCUGCAUAACAAGCUAAUGCUGCGACGCAAGGGAAUUUCUGGGAGCCAGAAUCCCGCGGAGGCCACUGCUGGCAAUCCCCUGAUGCAGCAGCUCUCCCGCGUCAUUCCGCCGCCGGUGCAGCCCCGCAAGGGAUCUCAGUCCAGCGGCGAAGAACACUCCGAGGACGACGAGGAUGGGUGGAACUAGUGAAUGCGGGCGCCAUCGGUAUCCUCAUCGAUUAUUUAGCUUUAGCACCGGUUUAAGUGCCUUGCUUCUGUAGCUUAAAGCAUACAAAUCUCUAGAACGAAUUCCAAAUUCUGUGCCCAAGCGAGCAUGUCAAAUUAGGUCAAAGUCAACCCGUUAAAUAAAACUACACAAUAGCAGAAAUGUGUGCAAUUUCUUAUUGAAAACA